AUGUCGACCACUACCUCCCCACCUCCCAUCCGCUUCACCGGCUCCAAAUACCUCGUUCAACGCCUCGUCGUCAGCACCCUGACCGGCCGCCCAAUCCGCAUAUCCCAAAUCCGCUCCAACUCGACAACCAGCCCCGGCCUCCUCCCCCACGAAAUCUCCUUCCUCCGCCUCCUCGACACCAUAACCAACGGCUCCCUAAUCGAAUUCUCCAUGACCGGCACAACGCUGCUCUACCGCCCCGGCCUCCUCACCGGCUCCGCCCAAGGCUACGGCGCCGACACCUCCGGCGUCCUAAAGCACGAGCUGCCCCGCGAAUGCACGCGCGGCGUGUCCUACUACCUCCUCCCGCUGUGCCUCCUCGCGCCCUUCAGCAAAGCUGCGCUAAACGUCCUCUUCACGGGCGCGGGCGUCAUAACCUCCUCCACGCCCAGCACGGGCGACAUAAGCGUCGACACGGUGCGCACCGCCAUCCUCCCGCUCUACAGAAGCUUUGGCAUCGAGAACAACAUCGAGCUCCGCAUCCUCCGCCGCUCGAACCCGGGCCCCGGCAACCGCGGCGGCGGGGGUGAAGUCCAGCUGCUCUUCGGACACCAGGUGCGCCUGCCUAAGACCGUGCACCUGCUCAACCCAGGCCGCGUCAAGAGCAUCAAAGGCGUGGCAUACGCGACGGGCGUCUCUGCCGCCAACAACGCGCGCAUGAUCGAGGCGGCCCGGGGCGUGCUGAACCCGUUCGUCGCGAAUACGUAUAUCUUCAGCGACGUGAGCAGCGCGCCGUUGGUGCCGGAUGGCUCGAAAACCGCCCAGCCUGGGGCCAAGAGGAAGAUAGGCGUGGGCUUUGGGAUCAGUCUUGUUGCGGAGAGCUCGACGGGCGCGCUGUGGAGCGCGGAUGUGGCGAGUCCGCCGGAGGGGGGCGUGCCGCCGGAGGAUGUGGGGAGGGGGGCCGCGUAUCAGCUUCUGGAAACGAUAUCAAAGGGGGGGUAUGUGUCGGCUGUGGCGGCGCCGACGGUGUUAACGCUUAUGGCGAUGGGGAGUGAGGAUGUGGGGAGGGUGAAGAUGGGGAGGGAUGUCUUGGGGACGAAGGAGGUUGUUAGCUUGGCUAGGGACCUGAGGGCGUUUGGUGCGAGUGGGUGGGGUCUUAGGGAUGCGGAUGAGGAUGAGCAGGGAGAUGUCGUGGUUAGUGUUGUGGGUAGGGGCGUGGGCAAUGUCGGAAGAAAGAUUGCGUGA